CGGUGCCGCGGUCACUUCCGCCUCCGCCGCCCCGCCUCCGCCCCGCCCUCCGGGACCUCAGGAUAACCACGGCCACCGCUCCCUCCUUCCUAACGAACUUCUCAGAUGCUCCAGGCUCGCGAGAUACGUCUUCCAGGUCGCCAGUCAAGGCAUUCUGGGAAAUGUAGUCUGCUCCGCCUGGACGGCCGGGAGAAGGUGGGGCCUCCGUCCCGAACGGAACUACACGAUCCGGCAGGAAGUGCGGCCAUCUUGCUUCCGGAGUUAGCGCCGGCGCCGUCCGGGUAAAGUGAGGAUUCCUGGAGGCAGUCCGGGCCCGCGCGCCACAACGGUUUUCCUGGUUUUUGAGGACAGCCCCCUUCCUGACGGGUGUUAGAGAUCAGGAAAUCCCUGGAAAUGGAUAAAUUUGUCAUUCGAAAACCUCUGCCUCCCAGCAACCCUCAGAAGAAAGGUUCUGCAGAAAAGGUUUACAAGCAGGCUACUCUGGAGUCUCUGAAGAGAGUGGUGGUGCUUGAAGAUAUCAGAAGGUGGAAGGGGGUAUUGGAGCUUCCCGGGCAGCCCCAAGAAAACCUAGUGGAAGCCUUACGCGAGUUAAAGAAGAAGCUGCCCUCCAAGGACGUGCUGAGGUCCACCCAGAUAGGUCACACCGUGAACAAGAUGCGCAGACAUUCAGAUGGCGAGGUGGCCAGGCUUGCCCACGAAGUUUACACCGAGUGGAGGACGUUCAUCGAGAAGCAUUCAGACAAGCCCUCCAUCGAAGUCCGCAGCGACCCCCAAACUGAAGCGUUCAGGAGAAACGCCCAGAAGUUACUGUCGGAGGCUUUGGAAUUGGAGAUGGAUCACCCACUGGUUGAAAAUAUUGAGCGUGAAGCUUUUCAUCUCUGCUCCCGUCUCAUUAAUGGCCCGUAUCGGCGGACAGUGAGAGCCCUGGUCUUUACAUUAAAGCACCGAGCUGAAAUCCGCGCUCAGGUCAAGAGCUGCUCGCUCCCGGUCAACACGCUGGUGCAGACUUACAAAAAGUGACCUUCGUAGUCAUCCAGCCCUGGGGAGCGGCCCCGGGCCCACCGAACGCUGGCCGCCUUCCCCUUUUCAAAGGCCUCUUUGAAUUUGGGUGAGGGGGAGACCCAGCCGCCAUCAGCCUUCUCCAAGGGCCGUUCCAUUCAGAAGGAGGGCACGGAGAACAACAGGGGAUGGGCCCCAGCAUCAUUAUCCAUAACAAGUGCCACUGUCUAAAAGCAUCAAUGGCGCGCCGGGGCCCUCGAAGCGCCAUGUUUGUGAUCACAAAAGUAGGCCAGGAGGCCGAUGGGCUUAUUGUGGGCUUGCCAAGGAGGCCUCUCAAUUCCUUUCUGCCGUUGGGCCGAUAGUGCCUCUCCCUCGGCCCGCCACCCCGCAGGUAACUGAAACUCAAUUACUGCCAGGGCUUGGUGACGGCCCCCAGCGUUUAGAUAGCCCUGGCGCUCUCAGAACUCGCCCAUCCGUCUCCCCUUCACUGUACCCCGGGGUGAGCCCCCCUCUUCCCUCAUCGCAUUUAUCUGAAUGUCUCAGCUCUUCCUCGAAGAGGCCCCCAUGCUGGGGCCUCUAAUGAGCGUGUGGCCGUAAGCGGCCAAACCUCACGCUUUAUUUGAAUGCCCGGCUAUUAGAGAUGUAGAGGAGACGGAUAAUGAAAUUUCUCUCUAAACAAGUUGGUUGAGAAAAAAAUCUAUUUCAGCAAAUGAUGGCUGGACUACAGGGCUCCUCGAGUGAUUAUGUAAGUGCAAUUUGCCUUUUUGAGGAGUAUGACAAUAAACCAAGUGUUUAAAAACACACAAA